GGGCCAGUGACCAAAAUGGAAGAAAAUGCAAACACUAGCUUGGAAGAAGAUUUUGAAGGACAAGCUACACACACAGGGCCCAAAGGUGUGAUCAAUGACUGGAGAAAGUUUAAAUUAGAAAGCGAAGACAGAGACUCCUUACCCUUGAGCAAGAAAGAAAUUCUUCGACAAAUGUCUUCACCGCACAGGUCUUUCAGUAAAGAUGAUAAAGACACCAGAGAGAGAUUCUGUCGUAAGAUGAGUAUGCAAGAGUAUGAAUUAAUUCAAGAUGAGAAAGAAGAUGAAAGCUGCCUACAAAAAUACCGCAAACGCUGCAUGCAGGAUAUGCACCAGAGGCUAAGUUUUGGGCCUAAAUAUGGUUAUCUGUGUGAGCUGCAAAACGGAGAACAGUUCCUGGAAGCCAUUGAAAAAGAACGGAAGACUACCACCGUCAUUGUCCACAUUUAUGAAGACGGCAUCAAGGGCUGUGACGCUCUCAACAGCAGCUUAACCUGCCUUGCUGCCGAGUACGCCACUGUGAAGUUCUGCAAGAUCAAGGCCUCCAACACUGGGGCUGGAGACCGCUUCUCAGAUGAAGUGCUUCCCACCCUGCUCGUUUACAAGGGUGGGGAGCUCCUGAGCAAUUUCAUUAGCGUUUCUGAACAAUUCAAUGAGGAAUUCUUUGCUGUGGAUGUGGAGUCUUUCCUAAAUGAGUAUGGGUUGCUACCUGAAAGGGAGCUUCCAGCACUGGGAAAUGGUAACACUGAUGAGCAAGAUGUUGAAUAA